UUUAGACAUAACAACUCAAGGACAAAAUAAGUGUGCAUACAUGAGUUGUCUAGUUCAUAAAUAACUGAGCUGAUAACUAUAAUGACUGGACCUAACAAGUACUUGAAUCGGGGCGAAUGGACUUGAUAUGAGAUAUCAAUGAACGUCCAUGAAAGAAGAUUUUUUAGAUUAAAACUAUAACCAGAUUAUGCUACAAUGGCUACAGCGAGUAGUUCUGGAGUGUCCCAUAAGACCCACUAUGCACGUCUAGGACACGCUUCACAGCUUCUCAUACCAAAUAUGCUGAAAGAGGUUUUGGACCAUUUUAUACCACCAAACACUAUCUAUAAAACAGUUAGUAAAUGUAACAAAUUAAACAACCGAUUGAAACCUGGUGAAUGGGCAAAGAUAAGAGAUGCCGCUACUAAAGGCUAUAGCGAGUUCGACAUUUCUCUAAUAUACACCAUUUUGCGAAAUCUCUAUCCAAACAUUCAACCUUCAAGUGGAUGGAAUCAUCCCAAUGAUCCAAUGCCUCACGAGGUAUCACUUGGAGAUGACAUGGAACGAUGUCGAAGAAGCCGAAAUCAUAUCUUACACAGAGGAAAUACAACAGUAACUGAUACAGAGAUAGAUGAUAUUUUUACUGACUUUAAACUGAUUGCAGAAAGGUUAGAAGUUCUUCUUGGUAAGCAAAACAGAGAGUUUUCUUCACAGUUUGAAAAUUUGAGAACAUGUUGCAUGGAUGAGAAUACAGAAAGAAUGUAUUUAGACCAGCUUCGUGAACUUAUGGAGAAAGAAAAAGACACACUUGAAUCAAUACAGGCUUUAGAAGAAAAGGGAACACACACUGAAGAGCGAGUAUUACAAGUUGAACAUGAAUUACAAUCUCUGAAAGAUACAGUGCAGUCAUUAAAUACAUCACAGGAUGAUCAAAUUCUUGUAUUUCGAGAGCCGUUGGAAGACAAGACCUGUUUCGAAGGCGACACAGUCAGCCUGGAAUGUGUAAUAGAAGGAGGGAAAAAACCAAGCAAGUGGUAUAAGGAUGAAAAUGCCGUACGCGUAUUGUCAGAUAAUUUUCGCGAUGAAUCUAAAGACCAAACCUAUAAACUGACCAUUCUUCAUGCUACAAGAGAAGAUGCAGGGGUUUACAAAAUAUUGAUUGGCAAUACAAGUAAAAAUGUUCGAUUAAAUGUAAUAGAAAGACCACCAUCAUUAGUAGAACUCCGUAGUUACCAACAAGAAUUAGCAGAAAUUGCUCUAAAAGGAGAAAAUACAAUCAUUUGCGCUGGAACAAAUGCUGGGAAAACGUAUGUGGCUUUCCAUGUAAUAGAGAGUCAUUUGUUAAAAAAUCAAAGAGGAAAAGUUGUGUUCAUAAACAAGACAAAUGUUCUACUGGGACAGCAGUACAAAAGGGCAUGUGAUACUUUUACAACACUUCACUUUCAGGGUAAAAUUAAGAUAUGGAGAGCUGAUGAAGACGAUAGUGAGAAUUUUGAAACAGAAAUUGCCAAUGCCAGGUUGAUAUUUUUGACACCUAAAUCCCUAUGCAACCACUUGAUAGAGACUGCAGCAAAUAAAGUGUCAAUGGAUCUUUUUACCUUGAUCAUUCUUGACGAAUGCCAUCAUACACAUGAUAAAAGUGUGUACAACGAAUUAAUGUCGUAUUAUAGGAUAGAGAAAUAUAGAGAAAAGGCACAUCGACUUCCUCAGAUACUUGGACUAACAGCAUCACCAGGUACAAACAAGGCUAAAGAUUUGUCGUCUGCAAAGGAUCAUUUGAGGAAAGUGAUGGCAAAUUUAGAUGUGACUAAAUUGUCCGUUGUUCAGCGCCACAAAGAAGAACUGCUUCAAUAUACGUCUAUUCCAGAAAAAGUUCCUAUUGCAUCAACUACCAGAAAACUCGAUCCUUUGAAAGAUAUACUAUUUGGGGCUAUGGAAUAUGUUGAAAAUAAAUUGAACUCUCGGAUUGUUUCAAAUUUUUUGACUGAAAAUCUACUCAAUAAUAGGGACUUAUAUGAAGCAUUAGGUAAUCCACCAGUACAAAGAACGGAUGUACGGUACAUACAGUGGAUCGGAGAAACGAAAGAAAAAGUGGAGCAUGUACUACAUAAAGAUACAAAAGUACCACGAUUGCUUCACGCAUGUCUCAGACAUCUAGAGCUUUAUACAGAAUGUUUGGAAAUUAAUUCAUUGCUUGAAAUUGAUCAAGUUCGUGAAAUUGUCAUGCAGCGAUAUGCGGAUGAAUCUUUUGCAAGUCAGAAUGCUAAUACAAGUGAAGAAAGAGAAAUCGUAUCCAAGCUACGAGACGUGUUUGCUGAAAUUCGAGAAAUUGGAAGAAACAUCGAAGGUAAUCCUGAUGUAAAAAAUGUUAUUGAAAGGAUCGAAAACGAAUACCAACUACUAAAGGAAGAUUCCAGAUUUAUUAUAUUUGUAAAAACCAGAGCAACAGCGAAAGCAUUAGCCGAAAGACUUCCAAGUUAUCUACGUAGCACUCAUCUAACUGGUUCUCACAAAUCUGUAGAGGAAGGAGGUCUUCCUGCUCACGAACAGAUAGACGUGUUGGAGAAGUUUAGAAAUGGCGAACAUUUGUGCAUUGUUGCAACAUCAGUAGGAUGUGAGGGACUCGAUGUUCCGCAAUGUAAUAUGAUGAUCCGAUAUAGAUUCAGUGCAGAUGAAAUAAGCAGCUUGCAAAUGCGAGGAAGAGUACGCAAAAGGGAAGCCCGCGAGGUAAAAGUUGGCACUACAGAGGAAUUUGAAACUGAGAAGAAAAACAUCCAAAAGCAGUUUAUAAUGUCAAAAGCCAUAGACGAAGUUUCCAAACUUAAUAUCACAAGAGAUAAAGCUUUAGCAGAGAAAAUGUUAUAUGAAAUCGAAGAAAUCGAAAGGAGGAUCGCAAAUAUGAAGCUAAGCCAGUUUGAGGAAUUUUGUAUUGUGCGUUUCAAGACUUGUAGUGUAACUAUGUAA